AUGACUUCUACUAAAGAAGGCUGUUUCCCGUCAAGUUAUAGUGGCAAUCAUCUCAUUGAAUCUUUGACAAGUUUGCCUACUAACUUCUUGUACCCAGAUUCGAGUCAUGCAGCGAUCGCUACCGUUGCCAGAGCCCUGGCCAGCGGCGCAGCCUCCGAGUCAUCUAAUAAUGACUAUGAUGACUCGGAUGACUUCAAGUUGUCGUUGGACCUAGCGUACGGUCAGAGUCAUGAUGACCGUAGUAGUGAUUGGAAGGCCCUACCGUAUCCGAGUCAUGAUGACAGAUCGCAGCACAGUCACAUUUUCCCUGGCGCACAGGGUGACCUAGCACUCGCUAAUCCCACCAGUUUUUCCAACGCCGAUUUAUACACUUCGAAUUCUCAUCGAGAGUCUGAACCUUCCUUCCACUCAGACUCGGUCGCCCACCAGGCAUCCUUGGCGGGCGUGCCAGGUUUACAAACCAUUUCUGACAGUUUCAGCAUGGACCGACGUCAGGGUCAGUCACAGUUGUACCGGCAGCAGGAGGCUCAGAAUUAUGAGGAUUGGGUGGCCUUAUCCAAUUCGUCGCGUAUCUGGUUGCCUUACAACGUACCUGGCAGUCGUAGUACUUUCCUUGGCACACAGCACCUAGAUCCAAACAAAUUUUAUGCCAAUUGUUACUCUCCUCAAGAGCCUGGACCUUUCCAACCCUACUCGGACUUGGUCACUCACCAGGCGCCCUCAGAACCACGUGUAGCUAAUAGUUUCAGCGUGGACCGAUCUCAGAGUCAGCAGUUGCAGCGACAGUGGGACGCUCAGAGUCAUGAUGAUGAUCGCUGGGAGGCCCUACUUGGCAGAUCGCAGAGUACCUCAGGCUGGUCGCCAUACAAUAUAUCUGCCAGUGGCAGUCAUACUUCCCCUGGCACACAGCACCUAGCACUCGCUGAUCCCACCAGUUUUGGUGCCGAUUCACAUACUUCAAGUUCCUCUCGAGAGCCUGGGCCUUCAAAAUCCCACUCCGACUCGGUCACCCACCAGGCGCCCUCAGGCACGCCAGCUGAUAGAGUCAGUGGUGUCGAAAUCGACACAAGACUCCUAACAGUACCUCGACUCAACGUCAGCUUGCCAUUACAUCGGUUUCAUCCAUAUCGUAGACCCGGCGCCGUCCAAGCUAGUCGUGAUCCAAUACUUUUGGACUCCAACUUGGAAAUGGAUGAAAUUAGAGAUUGUUUGGCAAUGUGCUGCAAAUCCCUAUAUGGCAUCUGGGAUGCCCUUGGCGAGAUGUCUGAACAAGACUUUAUAGCCUUUAUUGCAGACCUUCUUACGGGGGAGAAGUUUCUUAACGGGCCUAUUGAGGUCGAAGGGGUAAUGCGUAACAUUCCCUUUGGACAUGUUGUCAACACUAUUCGCGUUGGCAUGGGCCUCCUCGGCAUGCUCGCCCAAUUCCAUUUUUGCAUCUUGCGCAAGGUAGUCUGUCAGACUCAGAUAAGGAAUGCGUUGGCCAAUGAGUCACGCUUUAUAAACCUCGUAUCGACACCUGAAAUCACGCAUACAAUGGCAGUCGUCGAACUCGGUUUCGUUACAUCCCCUGCCAGCGUCCUAGCUAGCCAGAAGAGACAAGAGAGGGCAAAGGAGGCAGCCAAAGCUCCCGGGAGUCUAAAACGAUUAGCGAUGACACCACUGGGCUCACUGGCAACCAGUUCACAUUCACGUUCAAGUUCUGAGUCGAAAAUAUUGCCUGCUUAUCGUAUGCCACUGGUCACCUGCUCAAAACCCAUUGCUCCGUGCCCGUCGUUAUGGCCAGACGCUAGCAGGCACCAAACUCUGGCUAGCAAAGUACCUAUCAGUCACGGUACCGGUGCAGGGCAACACUCCAGUACUGAUGAUGAUAGGCUCGAAUUGAACGCAUUAGAGGCUGACUCUGUUUUGGAAGAACCUCCGUGCCCUCAGAGACGAAUCCCAAGAGAUUUUGAAGAUAUUCCUCUUCCUGAUGGGGACAUUGAUAGCUCGCAUAACGUCGAUGCUUUGCCUAUUCGAAAUCCAGCCCUGCCUCAAUCUAGAAUCCAGAGAGUCCUAUUAACAUUACGUGACGCACUCCAGACCCCCUUUAAUUCUCUUGAGGCCAACUCAGGCAUCCUCCCACCUCCAUACCCUUUUCACAACAUGACGAUCUACCGACUCAUGUCUUGGAUGAACUCCGGGAGUAAUAAGAAAUCCGAGCUCGAAGUCGCCCGUCUCGUCAAAGAAGUGCUGCUGGCGAAGGACUUUGACCCAAUGCACCUGGAGAACUUUUCAGUAAGGGGAACAUUACAGAAAUUGGACAAAGAUCACAGCAGGAACAAGGUCGAGUUUCCAGAUGACUGGACUCAUGCCACUGUUGCCAUCAAAAUUCCUACUAAAUCGAAGGAGGACGAUGGAAGACUUUUUUCCAUUCCAGGGUUUCAUUUCCGCCCCCUCGUCGAUGUAAUUCGGUCCGCUUUUGUUGAUAUUCAAGCGAGUGCGUUUCACCUUUCACCUUUUAAGCGUCUGUGGAAGGAUCCGUUAGAUGGUCACGAAGAGCGAAUCUUCGACGAGUUGUAUACAUCCGACUCCUGGCUGGAUGCGCAAGAUGAAUUGCAAAAGCUCCCAAGAGAGCCCGGAUGUGCACUGGAACGGGUGAUUGCUGGUCUCAUGUUUUUUUCUGACGCUACGCACUUGGCAAAUUUCGGAACGGCAAAGGCCUGGCCCCUUUAUAUGUACUUCGGAAACCUCACGAAGUAUGCUCGCUCUGCGCCAAAGUCCGGCGCAUGUCACCUGGUGGGAUUUCUGCCUUCGCUACCUGAUAAAGUUAAAGAUAUUUUUAGGAGCUUGCCGCGCAUAUCCAAGAGCGGCAUGGCUGCUCUUCACACCCACUGCCGGCGCGAAUUAUUUCAUGGAUGCUGGGAGAUCUUACUAGACAAAGACUUUCUUCAUGCAUACCGCCAUGGUAUUGUGUUGAGGUGUGCCGACGGAGUGUUGCGCAGGAUAUUUCCUCGAAUAUUCACAUACUCGGCCGAUUACCCCGAAAAAGUUUUAAUUGCCACUAUUAAGGACAUGGGCUCAUGCCCGUGCCCUCGUUGUCUCACACCGAAGAGCAUGUUUACUUCUCUUGGUCUCCUUAGCGAUAUGAGGAGCCGGAUAUCCAGUCUUCGAGUCUACGUCGCGACUAAUGUUAUCAGGGCACGCGAAUUUAUUUAUCAGGGGGGAAACACUGUGGACGGUAAGAAGGUCGAAGAGACGCUUGGCGGGGGCUCUUGGGCACCUAUCUUAAAUAAAUUUGUCGAGAGGCUUGGAGCGCUGGGCCUCGACACAUUUCAGAUGCUUGUCGUGGACUUGAUGCACGAGUGCGAGUUGGGUACAUGGAAGGCAUUAUUCACUCACCUCAUUAGGAUCCUGUUCUGCGACUUUACCUGCGCUGUUUUCGAUACUGUGGAACUGCCAAAAGAGAAGGCGGCUCGCCAACGAAGGGUCGCCCAGCGUGCUGGCCCUAAUAGUAUCCCUUCGGAAUCUAGCGGACCAAGGGUGAAAGUAUUUAAUUUGAGUACCUACAAGUUCCACGCAAUGGGAGAUUACCUGCGAACUAUCAAGCUCUUUGGAACUACAGAUUCAUUCACCACCCAGAUCGGAGAGCUGGCCCAUAGAGCUAUUAAAGCAUUCUAUCCACUCACUAGCAAAGUCGACACUCCGGCACAGCUAGCGAAGCACGAACACAGACGCCGGGUACUACGGCGAGUUGCGGAAGCAGCAAAUAUCUCCUCAAACCAACAAUCACCGGCUGACUCUCAUGCUUCAUCACUGUUCCAAGACCAUCAUUUCAUCGCGGACAAUCACAACGAUCCAGUGUCUUUGUUCACAUUCCUCCGGGAGCACGACGGCAACCCAGCUACCAAGCACUUUAUCCCCAAACUUAAGGAUCACCUUUUGUAUAGGCUAAAGAAGUUAGAUGUUACUCAUUGCGACCGCACGUUCACAGAUAAUGAACAAAACUCCCUCAUCAUUCCUAACAAUACAAUCUACUCGAUCCAGACAAUGCAGAUACACUAUACCACCUACGAUAUGAUGCGCGAAUACGACACUAUCAGCCCCAGGACCCAUCCAGAUGUCAUGGUACUUUCGGGAGAAGCCUCACCGAGCCACUCAUACUGGUAUGCUCGUGUGCUGGGCAUCUAUCGCAUCGACACGUGGAUCGAAGGGGUUUGUCGAACCAAGAAACAUCACCUCGAGGUUCUGUAUGUUAGGUGGCUUGCGCCAUUAAUAUCUUCAGACUAUGAGUCGGGCAUACAGCACGCUCGCCUUCCGAAAUUGGUGUUUGUAGAGGAAUCGGACCACGACGCAUUCGGAUUUCUCAAUCCAGACCAAGUGAUCCGCGGAGCUCAUCUGAUUCCUGCCUUCGCGUCAGGGCGUGGUGUAAGUUCACUUCGCUACGGAAAAUCAUUGGCGCGUCCCAAGGAGGAAUUGACUGACUGGGAGGCAUAUUAUGUUGGGAUUUUUGUCGACCAGGAUAUGUUCCUGCGUUAUACUUCUCUAGGUGUGGGACACCCAGUAGCUUUGCGGAAGAUCAUCAGAAACUGUUUUGAUCUCGAGUCAGCUACACUGGCGACGGAAGAUAUGGAUGUCGAUGGAAGCAGAAGUGAUAGUGAGGAUCACGGAGAUGACGAUGAACAACGGAUGGAUGAUGGUCUCGGCAGAGAGGAGUCGGAUGACUUUGAAGGUAUUGAAAUUGAGGGAGAAGAUGAUGAAGGAGAAGAGGACGGGGAGGAGGGGGAGGAAGAUGAAGGAGAAGAGGGUGAGGGGGAGGAAGAUGAAGAGGAGGGAGACGAGAGAGAGGACUUUGAUGAUGAGCUUGAUGAUGAGCUCUCAUUUUGA